GGAAAGAGCUCUUUGCUAGGUAGAAUCCUCUGACUCGUCAUCCACUAUCAAGAAGCCUCUUCCAAGUGACUGAAGCAGGGGAGCUGAGCCAAUCAGAGGGCUCUUUCCUGGCUCUGUCAUCAGUCCUUGGUUGGGGAAGGGUUUUGCUUUUAUGCUCUGUAUUUAGAAGGCAGAUAAAAUGCCAGGUCUGGACUGCCUCUAGGGAUAACCUUCCCCUCUAGGAUGUAAAGGAGUAGCAUCUUGGCAGGAGAAUCCACAGAAAAUUGAUAAGGCAGGCUCAGUUCUUCAGCAUAGGCCUUUUCUACCUUUUGACCCAGCUGUGGUUCUGUAGCAAUUUUGCUUUUGCCCUGAAAGAGGUGCUUUGGAUUAUCAGAGCUCCAUGUACGACAAUUUGUACCUGCAUGGAUUUGAAGAUUCGGAGGCGGAAGAAUAAUGUGAUGUGUUACCCAAGAUGGUGUGAACAGAGCUUCAAGCCAAUGGAGAAGACUAGGCCUAAAUAGCUGUGCCGAUGAAGUGAAAAAUACAGCCACACCUGGAGUAUUCACAUCCUCAGCAGUCAUUCUCAGUGCAAAUGCAUUUAUGGCUGGUUCAGCGGAUUCCUAUACAAGUAGACCGUCUGAUUCAGAUGUAUCAUUGGAAGAGGAUAGAGAAGCGAUUCGUCAGGAAAGAGAACAACAAGCAGCUAUUCAACUUGAAAGGGCAAAGUCGAAACCUGUAGCAUUUGCUGUAAAAACGAAUGUGAGUUAUUGUGGAGCUCUAGAUGAAGACGUCCCUGUUCCAAGCACUGCCAUCUCCUUUGAUGCCAAGGACUUUCUGCACAUUAAAGAGAAAUAUAACAAUGAUUGGUGGAUAGGACGGCUGGUUAAAGAAGGCUGUGAAAUUGGCUUCAUUCCAAGUCCACUUAGACUGGAGAAUAUCCGAAUCCAGCAGGAACAGAAAAGAGGACGCUUUCAUGGAGGGAAAUCAGGUGGAAAUUCUUCUUCAAGUCUUGGAGAAAUGGUGUCAGGAACAUUUCGAGCAACACCCACAUCAACUGCAAAACAGAAGCAAAAAGUGACGGAGCACAUUCCUCCUUAUGAUGUUGUUCCAUCCAUGAGGCCGGUUGUAUUAGUGGGGCCAUCACUGAAAGGUUAUGAGGUGACAGACAUGAUGCAGAAAGCCCUCUUUGACUUCUUGAAGCACAGGUUUGAUGGGAGGAUAUCCAUAACGAGAGUGACAGCUGACAUUUCUCUUGCUAAGAGGUCUGUCCUAAAUAAUCCUAGCAAGAGGGCAAUCAUCGAGCGGUCAAACACACGCUCCAGUUUAGCUGAAGUACAAAGUGAAAUUGAAAGAAUCUUUGAGUUGGCAAGAUCCUUGCAACUGGUUGUCCUUGACGCGGAUACCAUCAACCACCCAGCACAACUUAUAAAGACUUCCUUAGCACCAAUUAUUGUCCAUGUUAAAGUUUCAUCUCCAAAGGUUUUACAACGGCUGAUUAAGUCUAGAGGAAAGUCCCAAAGUAAACACUUAAAUGUCCAAUUGGUGGCAGCUGAUAAACUUGCACAAUGCCCCCCAGAAAUGUUUGAUGUUAUUCUGGAUGAAAAUCAGCUUGAGGAUGCAUGUGAGCAUUUGGCAGAAUACCUUGAGGCAUACUGGCGUGCAACACACACAACAAGUAGCACCCCUAUGACACCUCUGCUUGGAAGAAAUUUGGGCUCCACGGCACUUUCGCCAUAUCCCACUGCAAUCUCUGGAUUACAGAGCCAGCGCAUGAGGCACAGCAACCACUCUACUGAGAACUCUCCAAUUGAAAGACGAAGUCUGAUGGCCUCUGAUGAAAAUUAUCACAAUGAAAGGGCCCGGAAGAGUAGGAACCGCUUGUCUUCCAGUUCCCAACACAGCCGAGACCAUUACCCUCUUGUGGAAGAAGAGUACUCUGACUCAUAUCAGGACACUUAUAAACCCCACAGGAACCGAGGAUCACCUGGGGGGUAUAGCCAUGACUCCCGACAUAGGCUUUGAGUUUAAGAACCUGUGGGGGGAGGGAGGGCAUAGUAUUCAUCAGUUGACAAUUUGCCAUAACAUAACUAGGACAAACUAAUCAUCUUAACUUGGCAGGUCAAGCACAGUGUUUGCUGUGCUUAUAAGCUGCUGUCAUUUGAUGGUAGGUAAAGGGCAAAAAAAAAAUGUACAUCAAGCCCUAAUGUUAGAGGGAAAUUAGAUGCCCAAUCAUAUAGUUGUAUUUUGUUUUUUCUUUAGUGUGACAUUUACAUUAUAACUACCUUUUUCUUCAUUAGGUAUUAGACACAUCAGUUUGUAUUUUAGGGUAUUUAUCAAGGCACAUAUAAAAUAAUUUCCUGUGCUGGAAAUUCCAAAUGACCAGUUCCAGUUGGAACCAAUUUAUAAACCAAUUCCUGUUGGAAUUUGGGUGAAUCGACUAGAAAGUCUACUUGAGAAUGUUGCAAUCAAUUGAACAUUUUAAAAAAAUGCUAAUGAAUAAGAAAAUCACAAUGUUCAAUACAAGCCAAAAAUAGCUACAGUAUUUAUUUGCUGGAAGCUAAAUUUACACUUAAGGUUGAAAAACAUAAACACUUUAUUAUGUAUUAACAUUUCCAGAAUGGCUUUUUCAGACUUAACCAAAUGUAAAAUGUUGAUAGUGCCAAAAAUCUCAAAUUAAUGCAGCAGUUACACGGUAUUCAUAGGAUUUAAUUUUUUGUUUUGUUUUGUUUUCCUGGCAUGGGUAUUGCCAUCAAAGUAUUUUUCUUUAUGUUUAUUCACUACCAUUAUUUCUGUAGAAGUUGGCAAUGAAAAUUGGUAUUUUUUCAGCAGUGGGAAAGAGAAUGGCAUGAACAAAACAAAGUAUUGCUGGUAUUAUGAAAUAUAAGAUGGAGUGUUGUCCUCCCUUUGAUCAAUCUGAGCACAAAUACACAUGCCCAGGAAUAUAAUGUGAGCUAGGAAAAAAUGUGACAUCCUCUCAUUUGAACUUCCUUCUAGGUGGGAAUUGAUCCAUUCCAGUAAUCACAAACAUAAAUUCAGUACUUACCUGCCAGCACAAUUGAGUACCUUUCCACUGCAUCAUCCAGUCUGUCUCUGAUUGUCCCAGCCCUAUAUAGAUAUUUCUUCAUAACCACAUUCAGAAGGAUUUUUUAAAGUAGUCACUUUCAAUUUUGAUAUUGAAAGCAGUGUUUAUACAAAAUGAUGCUAGUAAAUAAAUUUUUUGAAAUGAAUGAUCAGAUCAAAGAGCUUGCAAUAAAAAUAAAUAUAGAAUCAGAAAUACCUGCUCACUAAAAUGAUAAUGCUGACAUUUUUAAUGCACAGAAUUAUAUUAUGAAGAAUUUGGAAAUGAUGCUGCCUUAUUUCUAAAGAGCACUCCUUUUCACCUACUGAGACUUCACAAUUUUUCCAGUGGAUACAUUUAUGUAAUUGGGGACCUUGUGUCUUACAUUAUCAAAGAAGCCUUAGAUCCAGUAUGAUCCAAGAAAUUAUUGGAAUCGACCAUUUUAUACAACACACCAAUGUCUAUAAAACAAAGAAUUAUUUCUAAAAGUCCAAAAUGCAUGCGUUUUCUAAAAGCCUGACAGGACCAGGCGUAAAAAAUCCUUUUAUACUGGUUCAUGUCAUGAAACCUAUUUUUGAAAAAUGAUAAUUAUUAAUUUUAUAUUAUCUUAUUUUCUUCCCCAAGCAUCUUAAUGUUUAAGCAAUCAAGGCCCAUACCAAUUAAAGAAUUUUUCCUGACCAUGAUAGUAUCUUAUAUUUUCUGGAUCAGUUACAAAAAUGUUGACAUCCUCUAGAGCUCCCUUCUCUGUGCCCUUCCACACCUUUCCUUCUCCUCUUGUUCACUGUGCACAUCUCAUAAUUGUCAUGGUUAGCUUAUAAUAUGGGUAACUAUUAAUCAUUUAACUCAUUUCAGUCAGUACAACUCAAAAAUAGUGUUCAGUAAACUAAAUCAUUAACAGAUGCAGCACUGACUUUUAGGGUUGUUUUGCCAUUUCUAGAGAAGAAUACAGAUGAUUAGGACCAUCAGUAAAGACACUCAAAAGAGCUGCAUCCAUUACUAAUUGAACAAAGAUAUAACGUGACAUGUUUUUCACUUUAAUUCAGAGCAUAGAAAGGUAUUGUCCAAUAAUUUAAAAUAUUUAUCACAUGUACAGCACUCAUAUUUGCAUGAGAAAGAAAACACUAGGCAAAACAUUUUGCUACAAGCUUUACCAGUUUUUGUUUGUGUGCAUUAAAGUAUUACUUGCAAAAAGUACACUGAAACAUAUAACUCUAGACUAGACAGCUGUUCAGCUUUAUUCUGUAGUAGAAUUAGUUAUCUGAUCAUUUAGCUGCUUGAAGAUAUGUACAUUUUAUGGCAGGUAGCUACAACAGCAUUUACAUAUAUUUUUAAGACAAACAAGAUGACUAUAUUAUUUCCAAUUUUUAAAAGUGCUUUAGUUUCAAAACCUCUUGAAGUCUUGUUUUUAAGUCUUCCAUGUCAUUCUAAUAAAGAGGUCCAUUCAAUCAUUACAUGUGCACAAAAUCAAUCAUUGUGUCAAGUGCCAAUAGUACUUUUGCUUUCCAUUCUUAACCCGAAGUGAACAAUUUUGGAAAGGGUAUCAUGCAUAAUUUCUUGAGUAACCCUGUUUAAAUAGUUCCUUUAAUUUGGCAUAUUUGUCCCCCUCUGUUUUGUGUAUAAAUAGCUUUUUAUCUCCAAAUGAAUAAGCCAGUUUUCAAACUUCAGUGGUUUCAUGUAAAAAUGACAUUAACUAGAGGUUAGAUAAUGAAAUGAUUCAUUUCUGGAAAGCACUAUCAUGCACUUUUUUUAAAAAAACAAACCGCAGAACCCUUGUUAUUGCUUAAUUUGAAGAGAGUUUGUUAAUUUAAAAAAGUUAACAUUUUAAUAAGCAGGGAAAAUAAUAAGCGCUGCAAUGUUUGGGGGUCAUUUCAAUUCAUUGUUUAGAGUUAUAAUAUAUAUUAGAACUUCUACAAUGUCAGCCAGCUGUCUUGUGAUAUAUAUUAUGCAAUGGUUUCAUGUGACAUUGUGGAGUUAAUGUAGUCCUGAUUUAAUAGAAAUAAUGCCAAUUUGCCAAUUCUAAUGUUGACUUUAAUGGUUAUAAUAUGACUAUAAAAUAAGAGUAAGCAGUCAACUGCUUUACUCCAAUGCAUAAAAGCAGUACCUAGACAUAUUUAUAAGAGAUUAAUGGUUAUUUGUUAUCUUUAUAAAUUUUUAUUGGGAAAACACUAAGAUUGAUAAUAAUUUAGAUUAUCAUAGACCAUGCUAAUAUGACAAUCUUAAUUACAUGAGCAAGUUAAGACAUUGCACUUAGACCACAGGGAGACAGAUUGUUUUUUUUUUAU